UCGCUGUCAGGGGCGCAUGCGCACAGCGGAGCUCCAUCUUUCCAUCCCGAGCGCAGAAGAGCAGCGGAUGUAUUGAUGCUUGUGGACGUUUUGUUUUUAUUUUUAAACGCUCAGAGUCGAUGUGAAACAAACCCGAGCGGACUCUUCCUCCGUUAUUAUCCUCCUGGGAGCUUCCAGCGGACAUAAACGAUGCGUGUGGCGGGUGUUAUGAGGUAGAUCGAGCCGCUGCUGCUGUGCUUCGGCCGCGGCGACACAUUUGAGUGUAAAUCCGCUAAAAGAGUGUUUCCGGCCCGCACGCGAGCAGAUUCACUGACUUCAUUAACGAGACUCUCAAGUCUUCCACUCUCAGAUCAUUACGGAACCAUGAAUAUCCGCGAGCGUCAUCUAAACGGUCCAUGAUGAGCAGCACAUCUAAAGACCUGCCGAGAGAGCGUGACCUGUGUGGUCCACUGUAAAGACACGUCACCUGACCUGGACCCGCCGGUCCCACUGCCUGCUGGGAGCUGCAACCCUUUCCAUGCGUCUAGUCAUUUGAGGUGCUUUCAGACUUCUUUCUCAUGGCUUUGAUUGGUCGGACUGUAGCAGCGGAGGUCCUGUCUGCGUCCAGUGGAAAAGUAAUGAGUCCGUUUCGGUGCUGGUCUGCGCUGUGAGCCCGUCUCACUGCGUCCCGGGAAAGUUGUGCUCCGUCUUCCCUCUUCUGAGCGCCAGAAUGAGACAUUGUGUCGGGACAGGGAAGAGCGUGUGAUCUCUCACGAGGAGUUUUGCACUGGUCCAUAAAAAUGAAUGGAGGUAACGAAAGGGAGGGUGGGGACGGCAGAGGGCAUCUCGCCCAGGUGCCCAUCGGCUGGCAGCGAAAGGUGGAGGCCUCGGGUGUCCUUUAUAUCAGUCCAAGUGGAUCAGUGCUGUCCUGCCUCGAGCAGGUGAAGUCUUACUUGCUGACUGAUGGCACCUGUAAAUGUGGUCUGGAGUGUCCUCUCAUCCUACCCAAGGUUUUUAAUUUUGAUCCUGGUGCGGUAGUGAAGCAGAGGACGGCAGAGGAUGUGAAGGCUGACGAGGAUGUGACGAAGCUUUGCAUCCACAAGAGGAAGCUUAUCGCUGUCGCAACGCUGCAUAAAAGCAUGGAGCUGCCGCCUCCUUCGCUAACACUCACCAGUCCUGGUGGAGGCACAAGUGUGACCUCCAUGACCUCGACCGCACAGCCUCGAGCAAUAAGGAAUAAAACCCACGAGGGCCAGCCCGAAUGUAAGAUCCCGUAUAAGGUGAUGAUGGCGGCGGGGCAGCGGCACUUCUCUCCGGAUCGCUGUGUCCCGCAGGACGCUUUCCCUCCGUUCUCCCGACAGAGACUGGCCAGCGGGGACCCGGGGCCCAAGUCUCCGUACCGCAGAGUCAUGCUGAGCCCUCCUUCGCAAGCCUUCGGGGACGGUUCUCUGUCCCCAAGAACAGACGCUAUUGGCAGUCCCGACGCGUAUUUGCGGAGCAACCCCUGCGGCUUCCAGGGAACCGGUAGUCCAAGUGCAAUCCACAGCAACAGCCGAAUCCCUUUGUCUUCUCCCGGGGUCAUGAUGCACGGCUCGCCCGUCACGCAGUCAUCAUGCGUAAUGGCUGGAAGGACUAACAUGCCUCUGUCGCCGCCAGUCCCAAACAAGAGCCCCGUUAUGAAAAAGCCCAUGUGCAACUACCCGCCCGGCAUGGACUCGAGCAGAACGGUGUUUCACCACAAGGCUCCGUCGGCUCCCUGUUCCCUGCAGAACAAACAGAAUAAACAAGUGAGCUCCGAAAAAGACCCUCUUGGCAUCCUGGAUCCCAUCCCUAGUAAACCCAAUCCCACUUUCCAACCCAACGCCCACUCUCAGGUACCAAUGAUGAAUGUAAACAUCCCUCCUGCAAUCGUCCCAUUGCCGAGCAACCUGCCUUUACCCACGGUGAAACCGGUCGGUCACAUGACGAGGAAUUCGCACGGCACAGCCACAUCGAUCUCCCCGUCGCCCGUCACUUCUCCCGUGCACAUGUCCGGGCCGGCUUUGAGCCGGAUCGAAGCGUCUCCACAACGUUCCCGUUCCUCGUCGACCUCAUCCGAGCAAGGAAGCUUCGCCGUUCCCCCGUGCGGCACGAUAAAGGUCCCGCCACGCUCGCCGCGGUCCUCGAUGGGUUCCCCGCGACCGGCUCUGCCUUCAAGCCCAUCUGGCAAACCGGACGGUAUCCACCAGUACAAAGAAAUCCCAACCCAGUUGCUGGCAGGGAUGAGCAGUCAGCACAACCCCAUGUACCCCCCCUCGAAGGAAAAGGAGCACCCGGGCCUUUUGGGAAUGCCACUGAACCAGAUCCUUAACCAACACAACGCUGCCUCGUUCCCCGCCAGCAGUCUCCUCUCAGCCGCCGCCAAAGCACAGCUAGCAAAUCAAAACAAGAUCGGAGGAGCCGGUGGCACGUGCCCUCUCAGCGCGGGUGAAGCCAACAGAGCCGUUGAAACACACAUGUUGCCACCAAACCCUGGGAUGGUUAUACCUAGCGAAGCCCAGAGUGGGCGCGCGGCGCUUCGAGAUAAGCUAAUGGCACAGCAACGCGACCCUCUCCGCAAGCGUAAACAUCCCCCGAACGCGACCAACCACGAGAAUUUCUUCAACAUGACCGGCAUGAGAACGCCAUCCGCCGAGCAGAUGCGGAAAACCUCUCGAAUGCCAUCCAACACGUCGAUGGCUCAGCUGCUCCAGUCUCUGAGCAACCACAGCUCGCACAUGGGCAGGGGGAGCCGAAACCCGGGGCUGGUGAGUCCGGGGCGCGUGCACUUCCCCGAGGGGGUCGUGACCUCUCAGAACGCGCAGGUUCAGCAGCGACUGCACGGCCCUGCCGACGCCAUGAUGGAGACCCAGGGCCAGUAUUCGGGCAGGGUCAACCAGAUGGGAAACUGUGGACCCGUGAACCAAAGCGGACAAGUUCCUCUCGGGAACCACGUGAUGGGACACGCGAGCGCUCACUUUCAGCAGCGCGUUCAGCCAAACGUUGGCUGUAUGCUACCCAGCGGCAGUGACUCCUGCUGCUCACAACCCAUGACUGACACAGGUGACCCUGCAUCGCUGAGCUGCAGUAUAGGAAACUCUCCUCAGAUGGGUGGUGUCAUGGCCGCCGGUGGGCACAUAUAUCAACACCAUCACCAACACCAUCAGCAGCAGCUGCACCCAUCACUGCAGGGCAUGCACGGGGUCUCCACAUAUCCCAACCAGGGGCAUUCCUUCGCAACAGCUCCUUUCACGGACAAUAACGUUCCCAACUCCAACAGCUUGCCUUGCCGGUACCAGGAUUAUCAGGGGUGCAUGCCUGACGGCGCCCAGCCAGGAAUGACAUCUCACUCUGGAGACGCGGGCAUGUACCGAGAGCAGAAGCUGCAGGGUCACGACGCUUCCAUGGCGGGAGGAUCGGUGGAGUCGGUGGACGCGAUCUACAGAGCGGUGGUGGACGCCGCCGGCAAAGGCAUGCACGUGACCAUCACCACCGGCAUGAGCGUCAGCACGCAGGCGAGCCCCGUCCCCGCGCUCAGCGCCAUGAGUGCCUUCACCGCCUCCAUCGGCCAGCCGCUCAGCCUACCUCACGCCGUCAACGCCGUCAUCCACGCGCCGCGCAGCUCCGAGGCUAACGAGACGCUCUCCCACAUCCAGCGCAACCGGCUGCAGCACAACCACACGCGCGAGAAGAACACGCCCGACGGCUCGGACGCGCACGAGUAUUUCCGCUCGCCCCGCCCACACUGGGACGAGUCCAAUCACGCGCACUGGAGAGGCGAGGAGUUCCUGGAGUGCUCCACACACGUGCACAGCAAAUCCGAGAGGAAACCCAUCGUGGACUGUCCGACGGAGACUCACGAACCCCACGAACGGUUUAACCAGCGCGCGAGAGAGCAGGUGAACGGCACGAUGGCUCGCGGCGGAUACGAUGAUGACCAGUCGCCCGGUUCCUCCACGAGCCUCGAAGGGCCGCUGCUCAAAGACUACGCUCACUUCAACGGGCACUUUAACGGACACUGUGCGCCAAGCCCCUCGGACACCAAGAGUCUCAGCAGCGAGGAGGAGCUCCGGCACCCCGACUCGCCCUCGGCUGAUCUGAUGCACUACAGGCCCCGGGCCUUACACGUGGGGGAACUGGUCUGGCCCAUUAAAGGCUUCCCCGCCUGGCCUAACAAGCUGAUGAGGGAGGAGCAUGGACACAAUCCCAGCAUGCAACUGUCUGAACAGGCCAAGGUGGAGCCAGAGCAGCUGAAAACACUAACACAAGACCUUCAGGUGCUGGACCGAGCCAGCAAAAAAAACAGAAAGGCGGGAAAGCUGAAUCAUCAUCUAGAAGCUGCGAUUCAUGAGGCCAUGAGUGAGUUGGACAAGAUGUCUGGAACUGUUCACCAGGAUCGUCAAGUCAAACUGCCCAAACCCAAGAGGAGGAAAAUCUCCAGAUAACAGCAGCGAUCGGUGUCUCUCUCUCUCAUCGUGGUGCUACACACUAGCAGACGCUCAUCGUGGCCCCGCCCACACCCUGUGACUGACAGGUGCUGGAUCAGCCAAUUAGAAAAGGCAGCAAAGACAACUUGCUGAAGAACUAUUUUUUUCUAGUGUACAAGGAAAAAUAUCGAAAAAGCAAAAAAAAAACAACAAAAAAAAACAAAAUACUGCAUUUAAGAACACAGACAGUCCAAAUAUUUCUGAUAUGUUUUCAAUGUGUAUAUAGACAAUACAGAAGUUUCAUGGUAAAAACAUGGGAAGAAGUGUAAAUACUGUAGGAUAAUGACAUGUACAAGCCAACUCGAUGCACACUUUAUCUUCAGCUGUACAAAACACAAAGCGGAAAUGUCUCAGCGGCCCAUAAGGCCCUGUGACAUUACAAUGAAUAAGAGUCAAUCUGAGACUUUUCUAAGCUUCAGUUUGAGUUGUAUUUUGAGUGUGUGUGUGUGUGUGUGUGUCGGAGUGGACUUCACCAGCUCAAUGGGCUAGUUGUGAGUUUGACUUGCGGGCUUCUUUAUAUAGUUCAGGUCUUCCAGCACUAAACACUAAUAUACUCAUACGCUUAGAAUCGUUCUGUCUUUAUUUCGUUUUUUCGUUUGUCAUAUUUGUUUGGGUUAGACCACCUCAACGAAACACUGGUUUCAUACUGUUAUGGCCAACGGAGGAAAACGUCGGCCUUAUAAUGUGUGUUAGACAUGAUGUAUGAAACUCCCUGACAUGUUGAGUAAAUCUUGGCAAUAAUACGGCACAUGCUCGGUAAAGCCUUAUACACGUGUAGACGCGUACCCUUCAGUAUUAUUUUACUUUAUUUUGCCUUUCAUAAUGCACUCUCUCCUUGACGUUUCACUGGUUAAGAAAUGAACAGUAGAGGAUCAUGUUAUCGUCCACUCGGCCUCCAGUCUGAUCAGUAGUGUAAUGAAACGCUCACUUCAUCUCACGAACUUCAGGAACCGAAAACAUCCGCCUUUGGGAUAUCGAGAUAACGGGGAUCAGCUUGUUUCUGCCACAGAAUAAAACUAUUUAAAAGGUAAUUGCGACUUUCUCUCAAUUCAGUAACAUUUACAUUUAAUCAUUUAGCAGACACUUUUAUCCAAAUUGACUUGAGAAGAGCAUGAAGCAGUGAAACGAAUAAUAUAUUAGUUUGAUAUAUUAAAAUAUAGUCCGAAUUGCAAGAUUAAUAGUCAUAAUUCUGAAAUAGUUUUUUCUGGCAAUUUUAAGAAAUUCGUAAUUCUAAGAAAGUUGUAAUUGAGUUAUAAAGUCAGAAUUGCGAUAAAUAGUCACAAUUCUGAUAUUCAACUCUCAAUUAUGACUUUAUAUCUUAAAAUAUCUUACAAUUGUGUCUUUGCCUCUCAAUUUUGGCUUUAUAUCACUCAUUUCUGACUUUAGUUCAAAUGCGUAAAUUGCAAGAUAUUCGCAAUUCUUAUUUAAACUCGCAAUUCUGACUUUUUUCUCGCAACUGCAAGUGUAUAUCUCAGAGUUCUUAAUUAAUUUAAUUUGUGAGUUAUAAAAUCAGAAUUACAAGAGAAAUAGUUAUGAUUCUGAGAUAUAAAAUCGGAAAUAAACUCGUAAUCAGGACUUUUUUUCUCGCAGUUGCGAGUUUAUAUCUCAGAACUUCGAAGCAUUAAAACUAACAAUAGGACAACAAGAGAAAGGAAAGCGAUUGUAUUAAUGGAUCAAGUCCUAUAUAAAGUCCAAAUUGCAAGAUUAAUAGUCAUAAUUCUGAGAUUGUUUUUUCUGGCAAUUGCGGCAAUUUUGAGAAAGUCGUAAUUAUGAGAAAGUUGUAAUCAAGUUAGAAUUGCGAUAAAUAGUCACACAAUUCUGAUAUUAACUCUCAAUUAUGAAUUUCUAUCUUAUAUUUAAAGAUUAAAGAUAUUUUAAGAUUAAAGUCAUAAUUGAGAGUUCAUAUCAGAAUUGCAAUCAAUGAGUAAAUAGCAAGAUAUUCGCAAUUCUUAUAUAAACUCGCAAUUCUGACUUUUUUCUCGCAAUUGCAAGUUUAUAUCAGAGUUCUUAAUUAAUUUAAUUUGUGAGUUAUAAAGUCAGAAUUACAAGAGAAAUAGUUGUAAUUCUGUGAUAUAAACUCGCAAUCAGGACUUUUUUCUCGCAGUUGCGAGUUUAUAUCUCAGAAUUUCAAUUGCGAGUUAUAAAGUUGUAAUUCUAAGAAAGUCGUCAUUUUGAGAUGUAAACUCGCACUUCAGACUUUUUCCUCAGUAUUAUGAGUUUAUAUUGAUUUAAUUUUAUAAUUGAUUUAAUUUAAUUUAUUUAAUUCCUGAGUUAUAAAGUCAGAAUUCUCGUAAUUCUGAGAUAUAAACUCAAUUAUGAAUGUGUUUAGAUCUAAAAAUUUUCUUUGUUUCACAAUUCUGACUAUUUCGAUUGCGAGAUAGUCGCAGUUGUGACUUUUUUUCGAACGCAAUUGUAGGUUUAUAUUUCGCAAUUCUGAGAAAAACGUACGAAUUUUGACUUUUUUUUUUUUAUUCUGUGGCAGAAACAAGCUUUCGUAACAGUCAGUCCGAGAACGUGUACAUAUCGCCCAGCCAACAUCCGAACAUCCCUGAGUGCAUCUUUAACGCGACCCGGUCUUGUAACAAUGUGUUAUUACUACAUUAACGAAAGGCAGAUUUGUGAAUCUCAUACCGACUCAGGACAGUCCCGAUAUCAUUCAGAUUCACGAAAUGUAGUUUGUGUCUGUGACGCUUUCAUGAAAACACCAUCAGAAGGGUUUAGCACUGUGGGGUCAUAGAAUAGAGGAGGUCAGAGGUCACCAUUGGGGUCAGGACAGGUUUUAUGUAAUCUGCCAGUAACACUAACUCAAUAUGAAGAGCUUAUUAAAUUAUUUUUUGUGUGUAAACUCUAUAGAUGUGUGUAGGAUUUUACAGCACAUUGCUGUCUCUCAUCAGUUUGCAUUUUGAACUCUAAUCUCGGGCGGAUUAAACUCCAGGUUUGGACCGUUUCCUCUCCUCGGAUUCGGUCUACACAGAACGUUCACUACAAAAUUAAGUGCAAUAUUUUCAUGCAGUGGAUCUGAAAACUAUAUCAAUGCGAAUAUCCAGAGGUGAAAUCAUUGAAGCCCAUGAUCAGACGGACGGUGUGUGUGUGUGUGUGUGUGUGUGUGUGUGUGUCUGCUGGUGAAGUCGACUCUGUUGUCAGUGCAAUGAUGCGGCUCUGUGUUCAAAGUCUUACUGUUCAAGGUCAAAAUACAUUUUGUGUUCAUGUGGUCAGUGUUGCCCUACCUUUCCAUUUCUAUUCUCCAAUCAUAUUCUUUCAUUUCCUCCGUGUGUGUGUGUGCGCGAGUGUGUGUGUGUGAACAUUUUUAUUUUGUCGUCUUUGCUUGCUAUUUUCUCAUUGGUAUCCGACUGGUAUUACGAACCUCUCUGAUGUCAAUAUUUCCCCCGAUGCGUAUCUGAGUAUAUAUUUUCUCACCGGUAUGUACUUUACAGCAGUCGACUUUGUAAAGUAUGUUGUGCACUUGAUUAUGUUUGUUUCUGAUAGCUUUGAUGUGGCUGUUAGGUUUAGUUUGUUAAAGUCCAUAAUUUCUUAUUGUUUCAAUUGAUUUUUUUUAAAGAUGUCCUAAACAGCAGUUUUGUAAAUAUUGUGAACAUUACAGGUCAUGCUGUGAUGUGACAUUGAAAUGAUGUUGCACCAAUGUUUCAAUUAAAACCUGGUCACUAAA